ACCCAGCUGCAGUCUGCAGUCUUCUUGCACCCGUAGUCGUACUAAUGCGAGCAAUUCUUUAACUGGACUAAACACGAAAAUGAUUUCAAUCCUACUACGAUGAAGAUGAGCCCUGCAAUUUAUUAUUUAUGACGUAUCUUACGGUCUUACCACGACAGUCCUAUAGGCUAUAGGGGAACUUUAUUCGCAGUCCUCCCCGGGGAUUGUUCGACGGUUCAAGCUCCACGCUGGUUAGAAAUCGACAGCUGUAGACCAAAUGGCAGGAAAAGGACAGAGCUCAGACUUGAAUUCUACUCUAAAUUUAUCAAUUUUCGAAUGGAAAACAAAUUCUGGAAUGACUGUACCAACUUCUGCCUAAUACUCUUUUGUUGUGGUUUUACAUUACAUUAUUACAAGGAAUGCUGGACAACAAACUUUCAUUUAAAGUGAAAACUCGCUGUAGCAAGAAGUUUUGGAUCGCUAAAAUUGUGUUCCCUGUUACAGUUCAAAUCACAAUAACCGCGCCAAUUUUGUUCCGUGCUUCGCAAAUUUGCAGCGCUAUUGCGGAUAUUCGUGCAUCUUUAUUGGCUUCUUCAAUGUUUUUGUGUUUUGAACCUGACGUUUCUGUGCUUUGUAAAGAAAUUUAUUGUCAGAUUCUGACUGUGAAGGUAUAAUGGACUCUCUGCAGGAGGUAAUUCGACUGAUAGAAAGAGACAAUGCGGUAGUAACGUACAAAUCCCUGUCCCGCAAACUGCAAAUACCCAUCGAUGAUGCUAAGGAGGUCCUCGCGAAGUAUGUUCAAGCUCGUAGUUCGAAACUGGGGAAGGAGAUCCAUAUAAUUUACAUGGUGACGUACAGUCUUGAACUGCCGGAGGGUAACGUCGAAACCCGGAUGGUGUUUCUCCAAGAAGAAGCUGCAAGCGACAUGGAACGUAAAAUGCAUGGAUGCAGUAAGCACGUGUUUUCCGUGCAUGGCAUCGCGGUGGAUGAUCCCGUUUCUAUGUACACCGUCCAUAAUUCUCUCAGCUCCAUGGGAUUUCCUAUUGAGAACCCCAAAAUUGUAGACAGAACUGCCAUGCAGUCAUCUGGAGAUGGAUUCCCAGCCACCUUUACAAUGGAUACGAAGGUUUUAAAGAAGAUGGAAAACACAGAAAAGAAAAUUUUUGCAGAUAUGAGCAAGUCCAUAGAAGCGUUGCGGGUAAAGUCAGUUGCAACAGAGCCCGCGGUGACAGCCUCGCCACCAUCAGCAAAACCUGCAAUUUGGGUGAAGGCUGGCGGUCUGGACACCAGAAAGCCGGCAUCGGAUAAUAUGAAGGACAUUUUGCAUGUCAAACGGAAAGACGCCGCCCCGUCUCCCUCGAAGAAUUCUGGGCAGAACAGCGAUUCCGACGAUGAUGUUAUUAUUCCGCGUAAAAAAGUCAAAGCCACAGCUGUUUUUCGAGAAAGUGAUUCGGAAGCAGAAAUGAUAGUGGAUUCUUCUGAACUGAAUGUUUUUGAAGACGAUCUCAAAAUUACGGCUCAGCCUGGAAACGGAGGCCCGACAAAGGACCAGCGCAUUAGUCGUACCCCUUCUCCAGACGCACCAACAGUGAUACGUCGAAAGCGCGGAGAAAAGGCUUCUGAAAAUCGGAAAGAAAUCCCUUCCAUAAAAACCGAAGACAAACGUAUUAGUUUUGGGGCAUUAACCAAUGUUUCAGAUGAGGAGAACAGUGAAUGUGAAAAAGAGUCAGAAAUUCCGGAAGCGAAAUCCAAGACUGAAGUGAAAAAUACCAGCAGCACAAAAAAACGCGGACCUAAAAACACUCCUAGUUCGCAAGCGGAUUCCAGAACUGAUAAUAACGAAAUUGAUAGUGGGGAGGAGUUUGUUGCGAAGUCAAAAUCGUCGUCCAGCAGAGGUAGCGGAGCCCGAAGAAAACGUGUGCGUAGUAAGAAGGACGAAAACGAACCAGUUUCCGAUACGGAAGGAAAACAACAGAAAUCACCCAGUGUCGAACGGGCAGAGCCUUUGCGGGCUUUUAUGUCGGCUGCAAGUGAAGGCGCCAGUCAGCAACGAAAAAAGCGCCAGAUACAAGUCGUUGAGAAAGACGACGAAGGGUACACCGUACAUAAAACGGUAUGGAAGGACAUGUCGGAUGAGGAAACGCCGGCAACUACAUCGCAACCGGAAGUCGUCAAACCUGCUCCAAAAGAGAACAGUGCCGCUAUCACCAAAACUAAAUCCAGGCCUGCUGCAAAAGCUUUGGCAAAGAGUAAUGAUGAUUCGAAGGAUAAGCGAGUUCAGCAAUCGAUUAUGAGCUUUUUCAAAAAGAACUGAGAGUACGCUCUCGUUUUGCUGUACUUCUUGAAUAUCGCUUUUUCUGAUAAUUUUUUCCGAUUUUGUACUUGUACGCAUAUUAUUACUAAUUUGUUAGCGUUCAAGUACUUAUAGAUGAUGGAAUAUGUUGAAAUAACGUAUCCAUAGCACAAUAAUAAUACAGUAGAUGCUGUGAAUAGUUGAAAAGCGUAAUUUUCUUUGGCCAAAUUGCAAAUAUUGCUGGCAGGUACAGGGAUUUUUAUUAAAUAAAUUAUAACGAU